UUCGCGAGAGUGGACGUGUUUAAGGAGCAGUAUUAUCGCGCUGCUAAUAUCCGCGUAAAACUUUUCGCUUAUUUAAAGUUAACGUGAAAAGUUCUAUCCUUUCAAUAUAUUUUUAAAUUAGUGGUUAGACAGUUGGCGGUGGGCAAAAAUUGUAUACCCGAAUAUUAUUAACAGACGUGAUAUUCCCAAUGCGGGGCGCUGCGUGACAGCAGCGUCGUCACGAUGCGAAAAUGUUUGCUCACGCUUAUACUGCUAUGUAUCACCGUCAGAGAUAUAACAGGUAGCUGGGAGGAAUGGUGGACCUACGAUGGUAUUUCAGGUCCCGGAUUCUGGGGUCUGAUCAACCCGCAAUGGAGCAUGUGCAACAAGGGUCGGCGACAGAGUCCCGUCAACAUAGAGCCGGACAAGCUGCUUUUUGACCCUUGGCUUAGAGACAUACAGUUUGACAAACAUAAGGUCAGUGGUGUUCUCCAAAACACUGGUCAAUCGCUCGUGUUCAGAGUCGAAAAGGACAGCAAGCACCAAGUUAACAUCAGCGGAGGUCCGCUCUCCUAUAGAUACCAGUUCGAAGAGAUUUACUUUCACUAUGGAUUGGAUGAUAACAGAGGUUCCGAACAUCAGAUCGACCAUCAUACGUUUCCUGGAGAAAUUCAACUCUAUGGCUUCAAUAAGGAACUGUAUCAUAAUAUGUCAGAAGCGCAACACAAAUCGCAAGGAGUGGUGGGCAUUUCACUAAUGGUACAAAUCGGCGAACCGACGAACAAGGAAUUGCGACUCAUAACCAGCGCGUUUAACAAAGUAACGUUCAGAGGUAGUUCAUACCCCAUCAAGCACCUACCUCUCAGUUCUUUACUACCCAAUACCCAGCAGUAUUUGACAUAUGAAGGUUCCACAACCCACCCGGGUUGCUGGGAGACAGCCGUAUGGAUUAUAUUUAAUAAACCUAUCUACAUAUCUAAGCAAGAGAUGUACGCAAUACGACGACUAAUGCAAGGAUCCCAGCUGACUCCAAAAGCGCCGCUCGGUAACAACGCAAGGCCGGUCCAGCCGCUUCACCACCGCACCGUUCGCACGAACAUCAACUUCAACAAGCAAGGAAUGCCGGUUUCAAGCAAUUGUCCCGACAUGUAUCGCAACAUGCACUAUACAGCACGUUAUUCCCGCAAAGCACGUUCGAAAAAAAGCCUUGCAUGCAAACGAAAGGGUGCACCAAAGAGAGCAUGUCACAAAAAAUAGCAACUCAGUGGCCAAGAGAACACAGUAUGCGGUAUAGAAGUGCGGAAGACUUGGCGAUGCUCUCAUUGAACUAACUAAACCACUUGGUCUCUUGAGUCAGAAUAAUCCAAGACCGAUGAUCCAAAAAUCCUUUAAAAAUGUAUUCAUUCCAUUAAUUUUAAAUUUAUAUAAAAAAAAACUUUUAAGAGAAUUAUAUUAUUUCUAAACGAUUGUUACAUUUAUGAAAUGAUAUGUGUUCUAAAUUUAAAUUUAUUUUUAUCUAACCUAUGAUCUAUAUCUAUUGAUUUAAAAUGUUACAAGAACAUUAUUUUGUAGAGUUUAAUAAAAUGUUUCGACUGUAAUAAUACGCAGUAGAGAACGCUUUUGAGUAGUUGUAAAACGUCAAUUGUAUAGACAAUAUCUCCACUAAUAUUAUAAACAAAUUGACAUAUUAUUUAUGAAAAAAAAAAACAAUUA